AUGCCUCAAGGAUCGGGGGGAUUCUCUAUUUAUACUGAUGCUUCGAAAAUCGGGUUGGGAUGUGUUCUCAUGCAAAAUGGCAAAGUGAUAGCCUAUGGGUCACGACAAUUGAAGAAGCACGAGUUACAUUAUCCUACCCAUGACUUAGAGUUAGCAGCGGUUGUGUUUGCCUUGAAGCUUUGGCGGCACUACUUGUAUGGGGAAAGGUUCGAGGUUUUCACGGAUCACAAGAGCUUGAGGAAAGGGCCUGCGUUGCUGGCCAAUGUGAUGGCUCGGGAAUGGGAACUAAUGGAGGCUUUCAGCAAAUUGACAGUGGAUGCAGUUCCUGAGAAAACAUCUGUUUACGUUGCUGGCCUGACAGUUCAAUCUCGUCUGGUAGAACAGAUCCAGCAAGCUACUAUGGAAGACCCAAGGAUAAAGUUGUGGGUUGAUGACCAGGGUCAGGUCAAAAGCCCAAACUUCAAUCUUGUAGACGGAAUCUUAUGA